UGUCAACAAGGAAGUCAAAAACGAAAAUUGUUGAUGCAGUUUGUACGAUUUGAGUCGGUUAUGGUAGAUACAGAAAUGAUAACCGAAAACGACGGAAUCCGAUCUAUAUUUCGGUAUAUUUUUAUGUUUUUUUUAUACUGUUUAACCCACGAAAUGGACCAGUCAAAGUCCCGUGCACAUGAAAGUACUCGAGAAAAAUGUAGAACUUGAUGUCCUUGCCAAACAAUUACAGCAAUGCACUAAGUGUUUCAUUCCUUUGCACCUGCAUAACUCACUUGGAGUCAGACCCCUUGGCUUGUCAGGAAUUUUGUUUGUUCAGUGUACUGAAUGUGGAAAUAUUGACAGAAUCAAAUUGGGCAAAACUCACUAUCGUACUGAAGUAAAGAGAGGAAAUGGUAUUUUUGAUAUAAAUACUAAAGUGGCUACAGGGAUGAUCCAUGCUGGAAUUGGGGAAACCCAACUGAACAACCUACUUGCAGCAAUGAACAUCCAUUGUAUUAACCCAAAGACCCUAAAGGAAAGAGAAAUGGAAAUUGGAGAAGUCCUUGAAAGCAAUGCAGAGGCCUCAGAAAAGAAUUUUUUAUUAGAGGAAGCCAUUGAAGCAAUAACACUUGAUGAAGAUAGUCAACAACAAAAGGGUAUAAAUGCCUCAACAGAUACAUGCUGGCAGAAGAAGGGUUCAGGAAGAGCAUAUAACAGUUUAUCAGGAGUGGCAUCACUAAUCGGGCAAAAGACUGGAAAAGUAUUGCAUCAUACCAUGAGAUCUGGGGAUUGUAGAGUAUGUACCAUUGCUAAUAGAAAAGGAGAAGUUCCAAGAAAACACAAGUGUACUAAAAACUGGACUGGAUCAGCAAAAGCUAUGGAGCCUGACAUGGUUGUCCAGAUGAUCAGAGAUUUAAAUGAACAAAAUGUCCCAAUAUCUGAACUUGCUGGGGAUGAUGAUUCUACUGGAUACAAUAGAGCCAUGAAAGAAAUGCCAGAUUUACAAAUGGUUAAAACCAGUGAUCGUAACCAUGUAACCAAAAAUAUAGUUAAUAAACUGUAUAGCUUGAAGCCAAAACAUAAGGAAUUAUCUGUGAUGGUGAUUAAUGCUAUUACCAGAAACUUUGCUUAUAUGUUGGACCAAAACAAAGGAAACCAAGCUGGAAUAGAAAAUGGAUUAAGGGCUUCAAUUGAUCACAUUUUUGGUGAACAUGCACACUGUAUGCAAAGUUGGUGUGGCUAUUUAAAAGACAAAAGCACCUAUAAACAUUCUAGUCUUCCUCAUGGAAAAGACUUAAAAUCUUUAGACCUGAAGUCCGAUCUAGAAAAAUUGUUCCUGGACAAAUUGGUGCCAAACUCAAAGAAACUGGCGAAUCUAGCAAGCUCACAAGCUAAUGAGAGUUUGAAUAUGACCAUAGCUACUAAAGCACCAAAAUACAAACAUUACUCGGCCUCAUCCAGCUUAAGCUACAGAGUGAGUUCAGCAGUACUGCAGAAAAAUGAAGGCUAUGGCUAUGUGUCUGAGGUACAUGAAUCAUCUGGAUUAUCACCUGGUGGUGAAACAGUUAAAAGAUCAUUGAAAUUGAACAGAAAGAGAGACAGAAAGUCAACCGUUUCGAAGACAAAAGAGGGGAAAAAACAACGUCUGCUUCUGAAGAAGAAAAGAACUUCCAAGAAUUCUGGAAUGGAAGUCAGAGAAGGAAAAACUUACGAAAGUGAAAUAGGAAUUGAACAUCCAGAUCAAGAAGAAAUUCCUGAAGUUAUGGAGAUUGGCGAAGUUGACAAAGAAGCAAUGACAGUUGCACCUUUGUUGGUGUUUGACUUGGAAACCACAGGACUUAGUAGAUCAUCUGAUAUUAUACAACUUGCAGCUUAUUCAAAGGACAGCACUUUUGAUACAUACAUCUUGCCAAGCCAACCAAUAUCAAAGGAAGCCACCAACAUUACAAAGAUCACAGUGUGUGGAAACAAUAUGCUGUACAAUUCAAAACCAGUCAACUUUAAAUAUCCACAUCAAGCUCUUACUGAUUUUAUUACAUUUCUGUCAGAAUUUUCAUGCAAACCAAUUCUUGUUGGUCAUAAUAUAAAAAGAUUUGACUGUCAUAUUUUAUACAAUGCAUUAAGAUUUUAUAACAUGUACUCAGAGUUUUGUAGCCAUAUUAUUGGAUUUGUGGAUAGUUUAGAUGUAUUUAAACAUGUUGUUCCUGGACUAGCUUCUUAUAGUCAGACUAGUCUUGUUGACACACUUCUUGAUGAAACCUAUGCUGCUCAUAAUGCCCUAGAGGACACUAGAUUGUUGUUUAGAUUAGUUACUUGUACAUCACAAGGAAAUGUUAUAUCUGAUAACAUCACAGGUUUUAUUUUUUCUCCUAACUAUCCACAUAACUGUCACAUUCAGCAAGAUAAUUUGAAAACUUUUAGUGAGGCUAUUAACUGUAAAGCUGUAUCUAAAGCAACAGCCUUGAAAGCUGCACAUUCAAAUUUAAGGUUGUCUCAUUUAAAGUUGUCCAUUGAAAGAAAUGGAAUAGAUGGAUUACGUGCAUUGUUGUCAGAACUUACAAUUCAAGGAAAAGUGCCUGUUACCAGCUGUAAAAAGGUUAUUCAGAAGCUAUAUGACUUUUUGACCCGUGAAACUUAAGGUGGCUUGGGCGAGUUCCAACUUACACUGAUAAAUUUCUUUUUUUUUAUAUAUUUUUAAAUUUUAAGUGAUUGGCUUAAUAACAAUAUAUUUGCUCAUCCAACAUGUCAGUGUUAGGGGACAUACCAGUCUCUAACCAAAAAC